AUGGGUCCCAUCAUCCGCCUGUUUCUCCUCGCUACCAUUUGUAAACUCACCCUUGGCCAGAAUUGCCCUAUCUCAGGUCCAUCUUACCCUGAAGUUCGCGACCCCGCAUUGGCCCCGGCAUUCGAAGCGGCCAAAGUUGCCAUCCAAGGACGGAUCGCUGAUGGUAUUGCAAGCGGCACCUUGAACGAUGCGACAGCAUUCUCCAUCCAAGUAUUCUCGCGGCAUUCGAAUCGAACAUUGUUCGAACAGUACCAUGGCCCCCAAAUAGGCUCGGAAACCUUGUACCGCAUUGCUAGUGUCUCUAAGCUCGUCAGCGUUUACACAACGCUUGUUGAGCUGGGGGAUAAGUAUUGGGACAAGCCAAUCACCGAGUAUGUCCCAGAGCUCGCCGAGGAAAAAUUGCAAGAUCCAAUUCACGAUGUCGACUGGUCUGAGGUCACUCUUGGUUCACUUGCGAGUCAUAUGAGCGGCAUUCCCAGAGAUUACUCUUUGGGCGACGCUUCGACGGCCACCCCGGAGAUCCCAGGUAUCCCAACUUUGAAUGAUACAGAACGCCUCCGUUGCGGAAAUGUUGGCGUCCCGCCAUGCACCCGAGAGGAGACUUUUGACUUGAUUUCCAAGACUUUCCCCACAUCACACACCUUCCAUACCCCGGCCUACUCGAAUCUGGCUUUCCAGUUACUCAGUUAUGCUGUCGAGGAGAUUGCCCAACAAAAGUUCCCUGAUCUCGUUGCGGAACGCCUGAUCAAUCCUUUAAACCUAACUCGGACCUUUGUCACCUUACCGGCGGACGAUACUGAUGCCGUCAAGCUUGACGAAUGGAACUGGGACCUUGGUGAGGAAGCGCCAGCAGGCGGGUAUUACUCCAGCGCAAGCGAUCUUACCAAACUCGGCCGCGCCAUCCUCUCCUCCACCCUCCUCCUUCCCGUAACUACGCGCCGCUGGCUUCAACCCAUCUCCCAUACGGCCAGCCGCACCUGGUCGGUUGGCCGGCCCUGGGAAAUCUGGCGUCUCGACGUUCCCGUGUCCACGAAACCGCCGGUUGACCCGACGAACGGGGACGGGGACGGGGACGCGCCGACGAGACUCGUUGAUAUCUUCACAAAGCAGGGCUCAACUGGCGGGUACAUAUCUGUGCUCGCGCUCUCUCCUGAUCACGGCGUGGGGUAUUCCUUGCUCACCGGCGGCCCGGGAUCAUCCGAGUCGUUUGCGUUUCUGAAGAAAGCGCUAAAUGAGGUGUGGUGGGCUGCUGCGGAAGAGGCUGGGCGGGAAAACGUGAGCCGAAUGUUCGCAGGAAACUACACGCUUGCGCUGAAGUCAAUUGGAGAAGGUGGUGGUGAGACUGUUGCCGAGUUCAAAAUCGAUGAAGGUGAACCCGGACUUUUCCUUGAGCGACUGGUCAGUGAUGGCCACGAUGUGCUGGCAUCAUUGAAACCAGCCUACGGAAUACCAGAUGAAACGGACAAGAACCUCGGCAUGUGGUUUUAUCCCACAGGGCUCGCUUACGAUGGCAAAGUGGCGUUCCGCGGCGUGGUUGGGCUUAGGGGCGUGUCUGCCAACGAUGAUGACUGCAUCUCCUGGGUGGCACUGGAUUUGACAAAAUACGGUGGGCGGCCGGCAGAUUUGGUCAUUUUUGAACUGGCUGACGAUGGGGAGGCCCUAGCGGUCGAGGUGCCGCUUUUAAAGAAAUCUUUAAAGAAGGAUUCUCGGGGAAUGGAAGAGGGUGGUGAGGAGAGUACAAUCGGGGCACAGAGGCCACUGCGAUAA